AAAUUCAGUGUUCAGCCAUGUUUUUUCAGCGCUACAGUAUGUGCGCUUCCCUGAAGAGAACAUGUCUGGCUGGCUAUGCUGGUGAUGGUGACUACCACCUAGUGUGCACUGUGCAGUUGCAUGAAGGCACUUGGAAAUUAAUGGAUAAAAAAGAGAGUCCAUUGUGUUUAUAAGCUCUGAUCUAGUUCGCUGAUAUGUAAGGAUGUGCAUACGGGAAUAUAGUAUUUUGUCUGUAAUGUGACAGAAGCCAAUAAAAGAUUGUUAACAUGAUUGUUAAGAUGUUAACAGGGCUACCCAUCUGGGGUUAAAAUGCAGAAAACAAUUCCCAGAAAGACACUAUUUGUGAUAAGGGGAAAAAAGGUUAUCUUGUACCUUGGGGAUAAUUACACUUCGGCCGUAUGAUGCACAUCCCUGCUGUUGGAAUACCGCAGGUUUUCCGCUUUCUGUUUUCCGCUUUAAAAUGCGGUAACUAUCUCUGUCCCAAAACUAAGUUUGUUGAGUGUAAUCGGCUGAUUUAAAAGGAAAAUAAAGUGUUGCUUUAACAGGAUAAACCAGCAGACUAAGGUCCAGAACUAGGGUUGAAGAAUAUGCAGAGAUUUUCAAACCUCAUGUUCAUACCACUGGGAAACAACGAUGCUUACUAGUGGGCAAAUAAUCUAGGAAUUAUGGUACGUAUAGCCUCUGAGUUAGUGGUAUUGAUGACCAAAGAGGAUGACUACGCUUAAAUAUACCUUGAAGCGACAAUCCCACGUAUUUUUCGAAGUUACCCCAGUUACUGAACGAAUAAUUGCACAACACGUCAAUAUUAGCUAGUGAAACAAGUACACGCCCUCAUUCUUGGAAACUACAGUAAGAAAAAAAAUUCCGACAACAUAAACAAACUUGUUUGUUAAUAUGCCAGCGAAAACACCAUUGCCUAUGAUCAAACCCGAAUAAACAACGUUGUCACUACAGGCAGGUGUUUUAAUCUGACUGUUGUAGUCAUGGGAGUUGAAGUUCUAUUUCUGUCACACUGCGACACAUUGACAGAGCUACUGACUUCAAAUCCCACGAGCCUAUUGUGACCGCUUGCCCGCCUACGCAGGAUGCAACCAUCGGCGGUGGCUAAUCCUGUGUCAACACUAGGCUGAUGUGGAGCCGUGGAAACAGUGCUGAUAGCUAGUAGUAUUUAUUUUUUGGCUUUCUACUUUUCGGUGGUUUCUGAUAAACAAAAAAUGGACAACUCCGGCAAAGAGAAAGAAGCAGUUCAGCUUAUGGCUGAUGCAGAUAAGAAAGUGAAGUCCUCAGGCUCGUUUUUGGGAGGAAUGUUUGGGUAAGAUUAGCUAGCUAGCUAGCUCCUAUAUAGCUAUGUGGUUGGCUAGCGAGCAGGGUAGGCAGUUUGUCAGAAGAUUGAAAUGCUUAAAAUAUACUGUAUGGUAGUUAGCAAUAUCAGUUGCAUUUAGCAGACGUUAUUUUCACUUUGCAAACUGCAUGUCGAAGUAGCUAUAUCGGAAAUUAAUACGUUGACUAGCUGUAGUGCGUGGGUAUAAGCUAGCGUCAAUUAGCUAGCUUGUGGGAUUGCAAAAUCAUAUGUGUGGUGGGACCGCUACAUGAAAAUGGGUGUUAAGGUUGCUACAGUAGCAAGCUAAUGACAAGUCACGACUGAUGCAUCCAGUGAUUCGAAGCCUAUCUUAUCCCCGGACAUGAAACCAUAACGUUUUUGCAUUUUAUUUUCUAGCUAUCGUUGGCUCUUGAUGAGCAUUAUUAGCUGGUUAGCUGGUCAGACGUGCCGUUGUUGUCAAUCGGCAUAGGAGAUAACUGCAUUUUGUCCAUAUACAUACUUCGGCCAAUUUGAAGAGACGCACUGUAUAGCUGUCUAAUACUACCCUGCGUGAUUGAGAGCGUAAUUUAUCCUGCCAAACUGUCGCUGUCUUACCGAUACUGACAUUCGUUAUAUUGCAGCUACUAGUAUAGCUAACGUUAGCUUCUACUAUGAGGAGCAGCGAGUCUCAAAAUACCAAACCGGUGAAAAAAUGUUUUUAGUUUGCUGUUUAACUGACGACGGCUUAUUACCAAUGAAUUAUGUAGAAGCACCGCCAGUGACCUAGAAAUUGCAUUCUGACAAACCUACAGCAUCCAAGUUAUGUAAAUGCAACGUUAGCUUUGCACGUAUGCGUGUAUAGCUUGUAAGCUGCAAAUGUGUAUACGGUUACACAUUUAUGGACUAUGUGAAUAGUCGUAUAUUGUAUAGGGUUACCGUAUAGUUUAGGUUUAUGUUCCGUCGUUGGCAUGCAGUUAUGUGGCCGUAAAUCGGUCUCACCAGUUAACUAUUCAUAAGUUGUCUCGGUUAAAUUGACUGACGACGAUUGAUCUCUUGCAUAGUGCAUCUUUUUUCAAUUCACCAAUGUUGGUUGUAUAAUGUUUUGGUUCAUAACUGCACUGGGGAAAUAUAAUGCCAACUCAGUGCAUGUCUGUCAACUUCACUCUGGACUUUUGCCUACAUGUCAGGGCAACAAGUGAUUUCCUUCUGUCAUUUUUUAAAUGAAGGGAAAUACUUUCCUGUGGAACUAUAAUUGCACUGCCAUAUCUGUGCGUUGUGUUGUUGUUAAUACUAAUUUAUCUGUCAAUUUCUAAGUAGUAACUGUUGAUUGAAUCCCAGUAUAUUUUGGCGAUACUUUAUCGUUGGCAUCGAGCCUCGGCCUCCACACAGUGGAAAAAGCCGUUGCAUUUUCCGACAUGCCCCGCAUUUAAAACACGCAGUUCUGUGAGUAACCCAGCCACUGAUGUGCUGCCAUCUACGGCUGAAUUAAUGAAUGCUCUGGUGUAGCACAUGCUUUAGUCAUUCAGCCAUGGGGGGGGGGGGGUGUCACUUCCCUGGGGGGUCUACCAUGAACAAACGAGGUCACCAUGGGCUGUGUGACCUAGGAAACGGAAUGGUGACGUUUAUGGGGGAACCACAAGGUAGAGGAAGCAUGUGACAUGUACGCCAGGGCUGCCAACAUGUUUAAGAUGGCCAAGAACUGGAGCGCUGCGGGGAACGCGUUCUGUCAGGCGGCCAAGCUGCACAUGCAGCUGCAGAACAAGCACGACUCUGCCACCAGCUUUGUGGACGCGGGGAACGCUUACAAGAAGGCUGAUCCUCAAGAGGCUAUCAACUGUUUAAACACAGCCAUCGAUAUAUACACAGACAUGGGAAGGUUCACUAUCGCUGCCAAACACCACAUCACAAUCGCAGAGGUGUACGAGUCCGAGCUGGUGGACAUCGAGAAGGCGAUUGCACACUAUGAGCAGGCAGCAGAUUACUACAAGGGGGAGGAGUCUAACAGCUCUGCUAAUAAGUGUCUGCUGAAGGUGGCCUCGUACAGCGCCCAGCUGGAGCAGUACCAGAAGGCCGUCGAGAUCUACGAGCAGGUGGGGACCAACACCAUGGACAACCCGCUGCUCAAGUACAGCGCCAAGGAGUACUUCUUCAAGGCCACUCUCUGCCACUUCAUCGUGGACGAAUUAAACGCAAAGCUCGCGGUGGAGAAGUAUGAGGAGAUGUUUCCCGCCUUUUCCGACUCGAGGGAAUGCAAGCUACUGAAGAAACUUCUGGAAGCUCAUGAAGAGCAGAACUGUGAGGCAUUCACUGAAGCAGUAAAGGAGUUUGACUCCGUCUCCCGUCUAGACCAAUGGCUGACCACCAUGCUACUGCGCAUCAAGAAGACCAUCCAGGGCGACGCGGGAGAUCUGAAGUGAAGCAUCCACAUUACCCACAACCACCCUCUUCUUCCUGUCCCGCGGUCGCUGUGGCACAUUACCCACAACCACCCUCUUCUUCCUGUCCCGCAGUCACUGCGCACGUUACCCACAACCACCCUCUUCUUCCUGUCCCACGGUCGCUGUGGCACAUUACCCACAACCACCCUCUUCUUUCUGUCCUGUGGUCAUUGCAGCAUGUUACCCACAACCACCCUCUUCUUCCUGUGCAUCAGCCUCUCUCAGGCUCUCCUAACCCCCUUAUUAAUACUGCUGCAAUAGACAUGAAUAUUAAUAUGAAUAUAUGUACCUACAUACUCCAUACCCCCCCGGCACUUCAGAAAUUAUAUCCUCUUUAUUGCCUCCCCUCUCUGUCUGUUGGAUGUCCUUUUCUUCUGUUUUCCUCUCUCUUCCUUCCUGACUUUUGAAGUGCAGGGUUGUUGCUUUUGUUCAGAAACUGGUUUUUACGCUGGUAGAGACCAGCGUGGUUCUAGAAAGCUGGGUAGUGUUUCUGUCCCGUUCGUCCUGACCCCCCACGUAUAUCAUAGUCAUUAUAUGGUACAAGUGUAAGGUGUGCAUGACGUGUAGUACUCUCGGUAGAUAGCGUGGAAGCAAGAUAUCUUUUUUAAAAUGAUAUAUUUAAAAAUAUAUAUUUAUCUUUUCAGUUAUGACAGUUCUUUGAACAGGCUCUUAUGUUUUUUAUUUUCUGUAGUUGUGUUCUCAGGUGUUUUAUCUUUUCAUUUGCAUAUCAAACGCAGCUGUAGGGUGCACGUGUUUGCUUGUGUUUGCUGGUCAGUGUGACGACUCCAAGGUUAUUGAGGUGUGUGUAUGAGUGUGUGAGUUGUGUGUGUGUGAGGUGUGUGUGUGUGUAUGAGGUGUGUGUGUGUGUGUGUGUGUGCUUGUGAAGUUGCCCUGUGGUGGAGGAGGAGAAGCUGGGCGGAGUUCUGUCCUCUGGGUGAGACAGGGGGGCGGAGCUCUGGGGGUGGUGAAUGACAUGCACACUUUGAUUGGCAGGUUGGUAACGGGUGGUGGAAAUAUGUGUGGUUCUUUUUAAACAGAGAGCAGAAGGGCUUCGUUUCAGACUUUAGUUCAUGAGUACUUGCGCUGUGGGGAGUGACGGCUGAGCAUAUCUCUGCUGUUACCGUAGCCUGUACUGCACACACGUUAUUAUGAGAGUUUCAUUUUAAAAGCACUCGUUCAUCUGCAUUACCGGCAUGCUUGUACACUAGAUGUUACUGUAAUAUGUACAGGGAAUAUGGGUAUGAGCUUAUGAUAAAUAUAUAUAUAUAUACAUAAAGCAUAAUCGAUAUUCAGGUGACUCGGAUGUGGAUUCGGAGCGUGUGAUUGGUUAAUGCUCUGGUUUCUCCGCCCUCUCGUUUGAUUUUUACACAGGUGACCGUCCUUGAACAGUAUUUGUGUAAUUGGUCUCGUGCACACUGAAGAAAGCAGAAUUUGUGUCCCUCUGGAUUGAUAUCGCUUCUGUCCGGUCACCCUGUCAAUGAAUAGUCUGCAUUUCCUUCUGUUCUCAGUGUUUGAGUCUUUGCAGGACGAGAUGCGUCCAGAUUUGCCCUAGUUAAUUCUAGCUUGCCUCCGUGUAACACCUUUCUGAUGUGAUAAAUGUCUGUGUCGUGAUUGUGUCCUUGUUCUCCUCUCCCCUCCCCUAGCGCACUGGCAAACAGCAUGCCAUUAUAUGUAAUGUUAAGUAUUGUGUCAAGUAUUGUGAAAUUAAACAAACAAGACAAAGAAAAAAAGGUUUCAGCAAAGAGAUGAUCCGCCUGCGCUCUGGAGUCAUUUCCAGCUGAGUAACCAGCUGUUUGGUGUCCGGUACCGUGUGUCCGAUCGUUCUAAUGUACAGUAAUAAAAUCAGACAUACAGAUA